AUGUCCCCAGUUUCAGAGAAUGAUACAAACUCGAUUUCGAACUAUUCUCGAGCAAUUAACACCAUAGUUUGGACAUUUGAAGAUCUCGGCUAUGAUGAUGACUUGAAGGCAGCGAGCAAUGUUAAGACGGCAGUUGAGAAAUUGCCAACAUCAAUGAUAUUGAAGUGGAACGAACAUCUACUUCACAAUAAAGUCUCUCGCCCAACCCUCACGGUCCUUGCCAAAUGUUUACAAGAACAAGUGGAGGCACACGAACUGUUGCCAACGAGAGGCAAACCGAAAUACAAGCCCCCAGGGAAAUGGAAUGGAUCGCAGCAUGGUAAUGGCCCUGUGAAUAACCUAAAUAGCCAGUUUAACGCCUUGUCGGCACAUCCAGAUGCGGGAACACCCACCCCCUGUGCAUUAGGGGAUGGUAAUCAUCCCACUUCCCGAUGCCCACAGUUUAUUGCAUUGAAUCCUGACGGUAGAGCUGAGAAGAUGAAAAAGACAAAACUGUGUUUUUGUUGCCUUUCCCCCGGUCACCGCGCCCGAGAUUGCCCCACCCCAAAGGAAUGCAACACCGGUGGCUGCAAGAAAAGGCAUCAUCCUUUGAUGCACAACGUGAAGUGUGUUUAUCAAACCAGUACUGGGCUCCGAACAGCAUGCGGACUCACAUCUCAGCAAGCAUCCCAAGUCCUACUUCAAGUUCUCCCGGUGACCAUUCAUGGGCUGGCGGGCCUUCACAGAACUUAUGCUAUGUUGGACAUGGGUAGUACGUGCACGCUUAUUCAAGCUAGUGUUGCCGAUAAAGUUGGACUGACUGGACCCACUGAGCAAAUGAUCUUAAAUGGGGUUCAGCAGCGUAGUUGUAUUGCAUGA